UUUGCACAGCGGGGGUCAUUUUACAUCUCUGCUAUAUAUUUAUCUAUACUUCAGGAAAGUUUCUGAAGGACUCAAAAGAAAAAACAAAUGGAUCUUAAGCUUGGUUUUUGUGUUCUCUCCCUAAUUCUGCUGGUUGCUUAUGGAACAGAAGCUAGGAAAAUGGUUCAAGGGAACCUACAGGGCAAAAGAUUGAACUUCCCAAUUCCAGAUGAAGAAGUCCAAAAGCCUAAUGUCUAUUUUUGGAUUUAUGAUAACCAAGGAGAAAAUGAUCAUCACAAAACAGCAGAGAAUGUCCAAGUCCAUCCAUCAUCAAAUAACAAGAACCUUGUAAAUAAGGAUGACACGAAUUUUAGGAUAUACCAUAACCAAGGUGAAAAUUCUCAGCAGGGCAAUCACAAAAUCAAGGAAGAGAAUGCCCGACUUCAUUUAUCAUCAUAUAACAUUGAUCAUGAAAACAAGUUUGAUAAUCACCUAUGGAUAUACAAUAACCAAGGAGAAAAUGCUCAGCAAACUCUACAAGAAGUGAGCGACAAACAAGGAGAAAACAAGCAUCAACGAGUAAAAACAGAAAAGGCACAUAUCCAUUCAUCAUCCCAUAUGGAUCAUAUUGAUCCUUCUUUAAGAGUUUUCUUCCUAAUAGAUGAUCUAAAGAUAGGGAAAACAAUAACUGUCUCCUUCCCAAGAAGAGAUCUUUCUUCUUCUCCGAGUUUCUUGCCCAAAGAAGAAGCUGAUUCCAUUCCAUUUUCACAAAAGGAACUCCCAAACCUCCUACAACGUUUCUCAUUCUCUCGAAACUCUCCACAGGGGAAAGCCAUGGAAGACACACUGAGAGAAUGUGAGGCUCCACAUAUAAAGGGAGAGACAAAGUACUGUGCCACAUCCGCGGAGGCAAUGCUUGAUUUUGUUCAAGGAAUCAUGGGAGAGAAAAUCCAAUUCAAAGCUCUGUCCACAACUCAUUUCUCAAACUCAACUCCCCCACUUCAAGAGUAUACUAUUUUGGAUGCUCCACAAGAAGUAGAAACUCCCAAGAUGGUGGCAUGUCAUACCAUGCCUUACGCUUACGCGAUUUUCUACUGUCAUUACACAAUUAGCAAGAGCAAAGUGUUUAAGGUUUCAUUAGGGGGUGAAAAUGGUGAUAGAGUGGAAGCAAUUGCUGUUUGUCAUUUGGAUACUUCUGAGUGGAGUCCAUCUCAUGCAUCUUUCCAAUUGCUCGGUAUAUUACCAGGAACAUCCCCUAUCUGUCACUUUUUUCCAUCAGAUAAUCUAGUGUGGGUUCCAAAAAUCGCCUCUACACAAGUGAUUUGAAGAAGCCGUAUCUCCAUGUCAAUAGCAGCUUUUGUUCGCUACUGUUUUAUUAUUACCUGUUGAUGCAUGUAUGUUUACUAGUUAUAUUUUCAUGUAUCUUUUCUGUGUUGUUUCAGUGUACCUCUUAUUUAGCUUCCUUU